AUGGACGCCGUCACAGGCAGAAAGGUUGUAAAUGCAACAACCUCGACUUCUGACCACACGUACUGCCAGCCAUGCGCAGAAGAAGGAAAGAUAAUCCCUCCUGAUGCCUUUUGUCCCAUCUGCAAGGAGUUCCUGUGCUCAAACUGUGCCCGAGUACACAGAAACAUGAAGCUGACCAAGAAUCACGCCCUUCAAGACAAGAGCAGUAUGCCAUCCUCAUUCCACGACGAAGAGAGUGAGGGGGAGAAUUAUAUAGAAAACUGCCAACGCCAUGGUAAAGAGUUUAUAAAAUACUUCUGUCCCAACCAUGACGAACUCCUGUGUGGGGAUUGCGUAGUUGAGAAAAUGCAUCGCUCAUGUGAUAUUGACAAGAUUUCUCAAGUGGCAAAACGAUACAAGGAGGGCAAUGAAUACAACAGUCUAAAGACAGGACUUAACCAGAUGAUCAGAGACAUCGGCGAGCUUUUUAAGAACAUAGAGGCGAGCAUGAAAUCAGUUAAAGAAGACGGUUUUAACAAUAUCAACGAGCUUCGCAAUUUCAGAAAUGAAAUUAACCAGUACCUAGAUCAGAGGGAAAUAGAACUUUUAACAGAAAUUGACGACAAGAAAAUAAAAUCCAUAUCGCUUCUACAUGAACAGAAGUCGAAAUGCCAAGACAUGAAAUCUACCUGUGAUAACUUAAUAUCCAACCUUCAAACCCAAGAGUCCAACAACAUCCAGCUAUACAUAUCAGGAAAAAGGGCAUCGAAAGAACUGACCAGUCUACAGACAACACUGAAUGACGUCUGCAACAAGACCAGAGUUUCCCGGUACCAAUUUCGCAGGGAUCCAUCUACUGAACAGUUGUUGGCCUCCAUCACAGCGAUAGGGAGAGUGGAAAAGACGGAUUCAGCUUCAACUAGUGAGCAGCAGAACCGGCAACAGGAACUAAAGCAGCAGCAACAACAACAAGCAACACAGGCACACUCGACACCCCUGAAAGUCCCCUUGCUUGGCAGUGCAGACCUAAGCCGAGCCAAGUUCAGCAGGCAGCCUGACAUCACAGUGAAGACAACAAGUGAUAUCAAGACCUGCUGGCUGACCAAUGUGGCCCUCCUGCAAGGGGACAGGUUGCUACUUACAGAUCACGACAAUAGUUCAGUGAAGCUAUUGGACACUGAAGCCAACACAGAGGUGUCACAGGUGAAACUGCCAGGUCGGCCUUGGUGCCUCUGUCUACUGCCCGGGGACAGGGCAGCCGUCACUCUGCCUUGGGAGAGAAAGAUACAGUUUCUGUCCACUAAGGGUAAAGUCUCACUACAGGAUAUUGUUGAAGCAGGUGGAGAGUGUCGUGGAAUAGAUUUCUGUGAUGACAACUUGAUAGUGUCCUUCCCAGGUAAGGUUGUGUUGAUGGACAUGAAGGGAACGGUGAAGAAGAGUGUGGACAGGAGUGGAAAACCUUUGUUUCGGUAUCCCGAGUAUCUGACAGUGACCAGAGAGAGCCACACACCGUCCAUAUGUGUAUCAGACUGGGGCACCUACACCAUCACCAUGCUAAACACUUCUUUAAAGGUCCUCAGGUCCUUCAAGGUCGCUGCACUGCCUAACCCACGUGGCCUGACAGCCGUGGGAGACACGCAGUUGCUCGUGUGUGUGUUUGGCAGUAACAACAUCGUGUUACUGGACACGUCCACAGGCAAGAUGACCCAACUGCUGGGUAAAGAAGAGGGGAUAGUGAGUCCAUACAGUGCGGCUUACUACUCACUGAACAAGUGGAUGUUUGUUACCUGCUCCCAGAACAACUUUUUGAAAGUGUUCAAAGCUAAAUAA